AAAAAAACCCACAGAAAAACAGAAACCACCCCCACUGGAAGACCAGGGAUGCCGUGCAGGAGCUUCCACCUGGACUUUUGAGGUGGUGCAGAUGUGUCCAGCGUCUCUGAGAGCACAGAAGGGGGUGCAGACCGAGCACUGAGAGGAGCGAGGCUCAGACAGGCCUGUGCCAGCCUCCUGGGUUCCAGGAGCGAAUUGCAAACCCACCAGGAAAAUGAGUGAAGAGACGGUCCCCGAGGCUGCCUCCCCUCCGCCCCCCCAGGGGCAGCAUUACUUUGACCGCUUCUCUGAAGAUGACCCCGAGUACCUGCGCCUUCGCAACCGCGCAGCGGACCUGCGGCAGGACUUCAACCUGAUGGAGCAGAAGAAGCGCGUCACCAUGAUCCUGCAGAGCCCCUCUUUCAGGGAGGAGCUGGAAGGCCUCAUCCAGGAGCAGAUGAAGAAGGGGAACAACUCCUCCAACAUCUGGGCCCUGCGGCAGAUCGCGGACUUCAUGGCCAGCACCUCCCACGCAGUCUUCCCAACAUCUUCCAUGAACUUCUCCAUGAUGACACCUAUCAAUGACCUCCACACUGCUGACUCCCUGAACCUGGCCAAGGGGGAGCGGCUCAUGCGAUGCAAGAUCAGCAGCGUCUACCGGCUCCUGGACCUCUAUGGCUGGGCCCAACUGAGUGACACCUAUGUCACGUUGAGAGUCAGUAAGGAGCAAGACCACUUCCUGAUUAGCCCUAAGGGAGUUUCUUGCAGUGAAGUCACGGCAUCCAGCCUGAUCAAGGUGAACGUCCUGGGAGAGGUGGUGGAGAAGGGCAGCAGCUGCUUUCCAGUGGACACCACAGGCUUCUGUCUGCACUCUGCCAUCUACGCCGCCAGACCAGACGUGCGCUGCAUCAUCCACCUGCACACGCCGGCCACGGCAGCGGUGUCAGCCAUGAAGUGUGGCCUCCUGCCUGUCUCCCACAAUUCCUUGCUGGUGGGGGACAUGGCCUACUAUGACUUCAAUGGGGAAAUGGAGCAGGAAGCUGAUCGGAUCAACCUGCAGAAGUGCCUUGGACCCACCUGCAAGAUCCUGGUGCUAAGAAACCAUGGAGUGGUUGCUCUAGGUGACACUGUAGAGGAGGCGUUUUAUAAGAUCUUCCACCUGCAGGCUGCGUGUGAGAUACAGGUGUCGGCUCUGUCCAGUGCUGGGGGUGUGGAGAACCUCAUCCUCCUGGAGCAGGAGAAGCACCGGCCCCAUGAGGUGGGCUCCGUGCAGUGGGCCGGGAGCACCUUCGGGCCCAUGCAGAAGAGCCGGCUGGGGGAGCAUGAGUUUGAGGCCCUCAUGAGGAUGCUGGACAACCUGGGCUAUAGAACAGGCUACACAUACCGCCACCCCUUUGUCCAAGAGAAAACCAAACACAAAAGUGAGGUGGAGAUUCCAGCCACGGUCACAGCCUUCGUGUUUGAGGAGGACGGCACCCCAGUCCCCACCCUGCGACAGCACGCCCAGAAGCAGCAGAAGGAGAAGACACGCUGGCUGAACACGCCCAACACCUACCUGCGGGUCAAUGUGGCCGACGAGGUCCAGAGAAGCAUGGGCAGCCCCCGGCCCAAGACCACAUGGAUGAAAGCUGACGAGGUGGAGAAGUCCAGCAGUGGCAUGCCCAUAAGGAUCGAAAACCCAAACCAAUUUGUGCCUCUCUACACCGACCCCCAGGAAGUGCUGGAAAUGAGGAACAAGAUUCGAGAACAAAACAGACAGGAUGUGAAGUCGGCGGGGCCUCAGUCCCAGCUCCUGGCGAGUGUCAUCGCUGAGAAGAGCCGGAGCCCGUCUACAGAGAGCCAGCUGAUGUCCAAGGGUGACGAGGAUACCAAAGACGAUUCAGAGGAGACAGUGCCCAACCCCUUCAGCCAACUCACUGACCAGGAGCUGGAGGAGUACAAGAAAGAGGUGGAGAGGAAGAAACUAGAACUUGAAGGAGAGAAGGAACCCGCCACAGAAGAGCCUAGCUCACCUGUGAAGUCAGCAGCUGCUUCUCCAGCACAGAGCCCAGUGAAGGCAGAGACAAAGAGCCCUGUGGUCUCUCCUUCCAAGUCUUCAGAGGAAGAUGCUAAGAAGACAGAAACAAGCAAAGCCACCACAGAGCCGGAAACAACUCAGCCAGAAGGGGUGGUGGUCAACGGGAGGGAGGAGGAGCAGACCGCAGAGGACAUCCUCAGCAAGGGCUUGAGCCAGAUGACCACCGGUGCUGACACGGAUGUCGAUACCUCCAAGGACAAAACUGAGUCAGUCACCAGCGGCCCCAUGUCCCCAGAGGGCUCACCUUCCAAGUCUCCCUCAAAGAAGAAAAAGAAAUUCAGAACCCCCUCCUUCCUGAAAAAGAGCAAAAAGAAGGAGAAAGUGGAGUCCUGAUUCAUGGCACCCUUGGGCUCCCUUUUGUCUCCUCUCCUCCCUUUCCCUUCUCCCAUCUCUGUCCCUGGAAGCACAGGGCCAAGGAGAGAUAGAAUAGGACCCUGGAUCACACUUGGAGGGGGAACUUCGAGAUGGCCUGACCACCCUCUCAUUUUACAAUUGCCCCAGAGAAAUCAGAUGACUUGCUCGAGGUCACACAGCUAGUUAGUGGCAAAGCCUGUACUAGAAUUCAGGUCUCCUGAUCCCAGUCCAGUGCUCUUGCCCCUACACAACACUGCCUAGUUGUGGGCUGCCUGUGUUAGGAUAUUGCCCACCAAUCUGAGCCCAAGGCAAGAAGGCCAGAGAUGGGCCACAAGCUCUCACAGGCUCAGACUAAGUCGACAGGUCGAGGCUUCCUCUGAGUAAGGUCCAUUUCUUGGUGGGAAUCCAACCUCCUGCUGAUGGAGCUAUCUCUCUUCUCUUUUCCAUUUUGGGUCCCUGCCCUGCUGCUCAAAGUAACCAGAUAAAUUGACCCAUCCCCUCCAAUAGAAGUUAAUCUUUGUUCCCAAGGGCUGAUGGCUUAACUUGCGCUUUCCCAAACACUAACCCUGAGCUUUCUUCAUGGAACCUCUUGAAUGAUGGAUGGAAGAGUUGUCAGAGUUGGCAGACAUGAGGGCAAGCCAACGAAGCCUGAGAAUUGGGGAUGUCUUAAUCAAUAUAAGAAGCCAGGAACUUGACCCAUAUAAAGUGUACAUCUCAGGCGCUUCAAAACUAAAACCAAAUUUAACAUAGAAAGAAGUUGUCUCAUGCUCAGGGUGGAAAUUUGGGGAAGUUUAAGUACUCUGUUGGCCUUGGGUUUACAAGGAGGAUUAAAACAACACAGGAAAUGCUCUGCUUUUCUAGCUUUGCAUGACACCCGAAGCAAUGCAGCAGUACCUGCCUUACUCCUGUCCUCCAGUCAGGGUCUUCUGACCUUUCCUCAAACCCAGAAGCACUUGCUCACAGACCAGAACUGGAAUCUUACUCUUGGCGCCUUGACCUUGUCUCCUUUGGGGAUCCAACUCUGAGUCACCCUGGGUCCAGAGGAAGAGCCCUUCAGGAUUAAUCUUCUUGGACCAGGUCUCAGGAAAAUGCUUGAGUGUCCCCAGUUCUGUCACUGUUUGUCCAUCCUGGGGCCUGGUAGUGUCCACAGCUAUUGUUUUAAAUGCCAACACUGUCUUUUCAUAUUCUUCCAUGGGGCAUUGAUUAAUGAACAUUGCUUGGGUCCUAAAAAUUAGACAAUCCAUUCUCUU